UUUUUUUAAAUUCUGGUGUAUUUAAUUAUUCAUUCAAGUACGUAUGAAUGAAAAUAAGAAUGGAAAAACCGAAUUAUAUACUUAUGUGCAUUGAUUUAGUAAUAAACCAACAUACUAGUAUAGACCUAUAUAUAUAUACCCUUCAUUGAAACAUCAUACAUUAGGUAACAUAUUGCAUAAUGUAAACAGCUAAACAUAGAUCUAAAUCGGUUGUUAUGGAGGAUAUUUGUGUAAACAAUGAAAGCAGGUGAUAAUGUACAACAUAUCAUGCUUCCAUUAUUUGUAUUUCUUCAUGCACAAACAACUCGGGCAUUUAUGAAAAGGUUGAGAGGGUAGGUAUAUUGAAACCAGCGCUAUCGAGUAGAUCCUGCAGUCAAUGGAUUUUCUGUCUUAAAUAUACACUGUAUCGGCAGUAAAAUUGUAUAUUAGUUAAUGGAUAAUAUGUGAUUUUUCAUAUUUAACUAAUGAUAUGACAUCACUGUCGUCGUUCGAUAUUGCCGGGACCCAGAAGUAGUCAUAUAUCGAAACGUUUUCGUUGCCCUAAAAUAAUCAUAAAACAUCAUCCGCUGGAAACGUGCAUCGAGAAAUGACCCCAGGAAAAACUAUUAUGAUUGGUUGACCUUUCGACUAGCCAAUCACAUUGUAGAGAGGUUUCUUCAGACAGUAUAAAAUCUCUGGGAACCCGACUCUCUUCCUCACUCGUUUGAAACUAAAACCAGAGUCCAGAAAUUAAAAUUCUCUUGAGAAGACUCUUAUUUAUACUCAGCCAUGGAGAGAGUUAUCAACUUUUCAGCUGGACCCGCCAAGCUCCCAAAGAAGGUACUGGAGACUGCUCAGAAAGAAAUGCUGAACUAUAACAACACAGGGAUUAGUGUGAUGGAGUUGAGCCAUAGGUCGUCGGACUUCACAAAGAUAAUCAAUGCUGCAGAAAGUAAUCUCCGGGAAUUAUUAAACAUCCCCGAUAACUACAAGGUGAUUUUCAAGCAAGGGGGUGGUACCGGUCAGUUCUCAGCAGUACCACUGAACCUGAUGAAACUUCGACCUGAGGCAAAGGCAGACUACAUCGUCACGGGUACCUGGUCAGCUAAAGCAGCCAAUGAGGCGGAAAAGUACGGGAAGGUUAACCGUGUACUUCCUAAACUGGAGUCGUACACCACUAUACCUGAUGUUAGCCAAUGGUCACUAAGUCCCGACGCUUCCUAUGUUUAUUACUGUUCCAACGAGACCAUCCAUGGGGUGGAGUUUUCCGAUAUCCCAGACCCCAACGGCAUUCCUUUAGUCUGCGACAUGUCCUCAAAUAUUUUGUCCAAACCAUUCGACGUAUCAAAGUUUGGUGUGAUUUUUGCGGGAGCCCAGAAAAACAUGGGCUGUGCGGGCGUGACCCUCGUCAUUAUCAGGGAGGACCUCCUCGGGAAAGCCAUGCCCGAGUGUCCCGUCACCCUCGACUACAAAGUCCAAGUGGGCAACAACUCCCUCUACAACACCGCGCCCACAUACAAUAUCUACAUCUUGGGCCUAGUUCUUCAGUGGGUGAAAGACCAGGGAGGUGUGGAAAAAAUGGCUGAAAACUCCAAGCAAAAAUCAGAAGCAGUGUAUGAUGUUAUAGAAAAGUCCAAUGGAUUCUAUCAUGGGACAGUGAAGUCGCAUUGUCGCAGUCGAAUGAACGUCCCUUUCAGAAUAGGAGGCCCAGAUGGGGAUGAAUCUUUAGAGAAGAAAUUUCUGGAGGAGACCAGCAAGAAGGGAAUGAUUCAGCUCAAAGGACACAGGUCAGUAGGAGGAAUCCGGGCCUCGCUAUACAAUGCCCUGUCAAUAGAAGAAGCUCAUGUUCUAGUCACAUUCAUGCAGGAAUUCUACAUUCAGCACAAGGCCAUGGCGACAUGUCAAGGUUAAAGAUUCCAUAGUUCAUCUGACCUUCAGGUCAAGGACAUUGCAGCAUUUCAUACAGAAGUUUGGCCCACUUUGACCUUAAUCUCGUUCAGGUCACGGUUUGGAACUACAAGUGUAGUCAUGUGUGACUAGCAGAUUAAUGUCUGGUUUUAGAGACCAAGUUUACGCAAGAAUACGUUAAACGUAGACAGUUUAGACUGAGAAGAAAACUUUUAACAAGAGCUUGUUUACUUCACCUAAACGUUUUAUCGUAUUUUACAAUCUUUAAUGAUUUUGUUGAGUUGUGUUUUUAAUUACUUGCACAAAUUUUGAGUUGUUUGAAAUGAUGCAAGUAAUUUACAUGCAUUAUCAUUUUAUGUACAGCAAAAAUUGACACCUGCCCAUUCCCAGCUCAUGUUUAACUGAUGAUGUGCCUGUGUAUCAUUUAUCAUUAGGAGAAUGUGAAAGUGAAUCUGCGAGUGUAAGAGAUGAAUGAGUGCUUGUGUGUGUUUGUUUGAUGCAAGAAAGGAAGAUUUUUCAAGUUUGAACUAUUGAAUGAUUGAUCAUCGACAUGCUUGUGGAACCAAAGAGUAAAUUUUUAAUAUCCAUAAUCAUUUGUGAAGAGUUUAUUCAAUGGACACUGUUGAAUGGACGUAAGCAUAUGGUUUUUUUUUACCAAUAUAAAAAACCAUUUAAAUUACUUCGUAUUAUAUCGAAGUUGUAUUCUGUUGUUGUAUAUUGACCCAAAGGGUUCGUAAUAAAAGUAGUUGAAAACUAAA